AUGGCGCGCGGCGCGAGCGCGACGCGACGAAGAAGCGCGCGAUCGAGCGCGAAGGGGACGAAGGCGAUGGGUGAUUCGGAGGACGGACGCGGGGGGGGGUGCGAGACGGGCGCGGGAGAGGCGACGGAGACGUUUAACUUUACGCCGAUUAACGCGAUGCGAUCGCUGGAGAACGUGGAGCUGAGCGCGGAGCGCGAGGGAGGGAUGGGGAAGCGCGCGAGGCGGGCGUCGACGCCGGCGGCGAAGAAGGCGAAGGACGGGGAGAAUUUUGAUACCGCCGACGUGGAGGCGACGACGACGACGACGACGACGACGGAUAGCUUCACGUUUGCGAUGCAAGGGGAUAGGAGUGAGUCGAAGACGUUUUGGGCGACGCAGAGCGAACAGAAGCGGUUGGCGCCGUUGGCGCACACGAACGGCCUACCGCCGACGCCGGCGGUUUAUAACGCGGUGCCGUGGCCGAGCUCGAUCCCCCUUCGUGAAAAGUCACCACUUCGUGGUGUUCCGGCGAUGUACAGUAAUGCGUGUGUGACGCCGGACGGGCGCGAGUUUCAGGGACGCGUGCAGGGCGCGACGGUGUCUGCUCGAAUGUCACCGCUCGUCAUGGAACCUUUGGCGACGACACCCAAGGAACUUGCAGCGCAGUUGGUCGAAGUCAAGCGUGAGAUUGCAAAGCGACAAAGCGAAGCGGUCGAUGUCACACGCGCUUUGCGUCAACUUCAAAGCGAGGAAGCGGACCUGUACGCCAGAGCCGCGGCGAUUCAGCGACAGUUACUCGAGUGCACGAGCGACGAACAACCGUAUGACUUGAAUGUUACGGUACCGUCUAAAGGGGUGGCAAAAUUGAUAACUCUCGAAAACGAGAUACAUUCGAACGAAGAGACGCAGAGACGAGUCGUGCGCGAGGAAGGCUCGCCACUGAAUGAUCAGCAGCCGUCGACGUCUGAAAUCGCCGUAAACGCUAUGCAACCAUUUCAAAAGCUGGAUGUGCGAAAGUCAUUGAUUUCCCUCGAUUUUAUCGAUGGUCCGGGUGGCUUAUCACUUUUGACUGCAAGCGCUGACGACUGUCUCCGCUUGUGGGCACCCGACAGCCGAAAGCCAGCGGCACUCAUGCGCGCACCCAGGGGCAUGAGUGCGACGACGGUCAUGAACGAGCGCAUCGUUUGCGUGGGUACAGAUAUGGGACAAAUCGUGCAAAUGGAUCUCGCUACUGGCCAAAUUUUUGGUGCGCUUACGCAAGGCGAACACGCGGCACCGUGGAGCGUGAAGACGCUCACCAAGGUUGGCCGAGACGCGGAGCAACUCGUCGCCGCGGCGGGCUCGGGCGGCGACAUCAAGGUCUGGGACGCACGCAUCGCCAUGAAUGGCGGGGCUCCGAUGGUGAUGUACUCACAUGGUGCAUCCGAGAUUCGCGGGCUUUCGUUUUCAUCAGACGGUCGUACCGUCGUCGCCGCGGCCUCGAACGAUUUGCGCGUUUUUGACUUGCGCAUGAACGGGCGUUCUACGCGAAUGAACGUCGCGAGUGAUUCGCAACCCUCGUGGACGUCUGUCUUGCAUGAUGCAUCAACGAGUGAGAUCAUCACAACAUCUAGUGUAGGCGACGUAUAUGCGUGGUCUACCGCUGCGCCGUAUCCGUUGUCGCGAACCGUCGCCAAAGCGUGUGCGCCAAACUCUGGCGCCGCCAUCGCAACCGCGGGCGCCCUGCUCUGCGCUUCUGGCGCCGACGCGAGCGACGUGGACUUCGUUCGGCAUUCAUCCGGCGAAAUUGUCGCUCGCUGGUCUCCCGAAUCCACCGAACGCGCGUGCGUCACGUGUGUCGCCGUCAGCGACGUCGGCGCUCGAGCGCAGCCCUACGCCGCAGGUUCCUUCGCCGCAGGCACUGCCUCCGGCACCGUCGUCGUCUUUGCCUCGUCGUAAACAAGCAACCGAAGAAAG